AUGGCUUUUCACGAGUACCCCGUCACACAGGACUAUCGGAUCAGUCGAAAGGUGGGGGCGUGGACCGAGGAAAACGCUAAAAAUCGCAUGUUUUCCUUUCGUCGCAGCUUGUCCUGAAGUAAAAUUAGAGGCAAAUCGUUUUUAUGCUGAAAAAUCGAUUACAAGAACCGUGGCCGGUUUCCGAGCAAACCAAUCGUUUUCAGGUGCUCGGUGUGGGAAUCAACGGAAAAGUGGUCGAGUGCGAGAACCGUCAGACGGCCGAGAAGUACGCGUUGAAAGUGUUGCGCGACACGGAGAAGGCGCGGCGCGAGGUCGAAUUGCACGCGAUGGCCUCCGGACACCCGCACGUCGUCGCCAUCCACGACGUCUACAAAAACUCGUACAACGGCGUCGACUGUCUGCUCGUCGUCAUGGAGAAUAUGAAGGGCGGCGAGUUGUUCGCGCGCAUUCAGGAGCGCGGGCAGAAGGCGUUCACCGAGAGAGAAGCCGCUGGCAUCGUCAACGAAAUAUGCUCCGCCGUCGCUCAUUUGCAUCGAAUGAGCAUUGCGCACCGGGAUUUGAAACCCGAAAAUCUACUUUACGCGUGAGUUUUCUAAAGACAGCGGAAAGAUGUGCUUAAUUCUGCAAUUUCAGCACGUCCGCCACGAGCGCCGCCCUCAAAUUGACCGAUUUCGGUUUUGCGAAAAAGACGGACGAAUCGGAGCCGCAAGGACUGAAAACCGCCUGUUUCACGCCGUAUUAUUGUGCGCCCGAAGUGCUCGGCACCGAAAAAUACGAUAAAUCGUGCGAUUUAUGGUCCAUCGGAGUCAUUAUGUACAUUUUGUGAGUUUUUUCACAAACUAAUUUCUUAGCGAGCCUUUCAAAAUAAAAAAAAACAGUUUCAGAUUGUGCGGAUACCCUCCGUUCUACUCGCAACACGGCCAACCAAUGUCACCGGGAAUGAAGGCGAAAAUCAAAUCGGGACAAUAUACUUUUCCGAGUCCCGAAUGGGAUUGUGUCUCCGAGGCGGGUGAGUAAGAGCUCAGAAAUCAGAGAUUAGACCGAGUUAUGUGGAGCGGAAAUUUAUAUUAGAGAAAUAAAUUGAAUAACAUAAAAUGUGUUUCUUGUUCAGCCAAAGAUCUCAUCCGGAAGUUGUUGCGCACCGAGCCAACCGAGCGCUACACAAUCGAGCAGACUAUGGAACACAAGUGGAUUUGUCACUACAAAAAGGUGAGCUUUUCGAAUUUUUACUAAAAUUAGAAUUACAAGCAAGAGUUGUUGUAAUGUUUUCGCGCCCAUAAAUGGGGGCAAAGUGGUUCUUUACAAAAACUUUACAUUAACUAACAAACGGUUUUUGAGAUGCGGGUCACAUAAGUUUAAGUGCGAACAGCGAAAAAAGCAAAGAAAAGUACGUUUUUUUUAGGUGCCCGACACGCCCCUAUUCACGAGUCACAUUCUCGCCGAUCAACGCGAGCAAUGGGUGGACAUGCAGGAUGAGAUGGAAGCCACGUUGGCAUCGAUGAGGGUCGGGCCGGAAAAUAUUCAAAUCAAGAGUCUGACCGACUCGAACAACAAGUUGUUGGCGAAACGGAGGAAGGGCGGCGCGAGUCCGGUGGGUUCGAAUUUUUAGAGAAACAUUGCAGCGUCUAGGCUCGCUCUGCAACAUUUCAACAAAAGAAUUUCAGAAAGACGAACAAAUGCACGAUAUCAAAGAGGAAAAGGACGAGGAGGAACGCAUGCUCACUUGA